ACACAAAAUGACCGAUAUUAAUCGCACCAAACAGAGCUAUCUGCACAAACACAACGGAAAGAUUGAUCCGCAAUCAGCGCAAACCCCAUCGGUCCAGCACUCUACGGGCUCGAACACAAACGAACAUGGACGUGCGGUCGGCAAUGGCGCUGGCACCGGCACCAGCUCGGGCGGUUCGUUGAAACGCAACAAUAGUCAUCAUCAGCGAUUGAAAAAAUCCAACACAAGCACUCUGGACAGAAGCACUAAUGGGCCUGUGGAGUACGGAGCGGAUCGAACGGCGGGCAGCGGUAGCUUCGGCCAUCAUCAACAGCAACAACAUACCGGAACGACCUGUACGAGAUCCGGCGCCGGUUCCGGUCUAGCCAAGAGCUGGUCGAAAACAUCCAGCAGUAGCACCUCUCAAUCGGCGUCUCAUGGCCCAGCGGAACAAAUGCAGCAAACUCUCGAUACAGGCAGCAGUGGUCGACCUCAGGGGACAAAUUUAGCACCCACCACCAAAACGGAAGCCUCGCUCAGUGACGAUUUUAAACGCUUCCACGCGCUCCGCAACAGCUACGGUGGCAAAUCCAAUUUAAAUGUAAAUAACACCGAUCACAUGAUAAAAUCGCAGGUCCUGCUUCACCAGCAGAAGCUGCGCGAGUACUCUCGACAACUUCCAACACAUCAACAGCAGCAACAGAACCGCGACAACGAUAGCUACUCAACCUGCUCUUCGUCCCAGUCGGACUACCAACACCCUCAGCAACCACAACAGCAGCAGCAGCAACAUCAGCAAAAUCAUCGCCACAAGCAUCACACUCACUAUCGUGUGCAUCAGCAUCAACACCAUCAGCAGCAGCAGGCUCAACCCCACAAUGUCCUGCUGACUCAGUCCAUCUAUCCCAUCUCUGCCACGGUAGCCGCAACGGCCACGUUGACGCGCGCCUGUGGUAGCGGUGGUGGAGGUUCGAUAUUGAAAAAUGCCACCAACAGCAGCCAUCAGGAUCCGGCCGGGAGUCGGAACAGCCUCAAACGAGGUCCGGGCGGAUUAAGCACCCUGUCACUGUGUAGCUGCGACGCGGAAACGGAGAUAAUACCGAAUCCAUUAAGGCCAUUAUAUCAGUACAGCCUGGACAGAAAAAAUCCUCGUCAGCACACCUACACGUGUGAGCAGAACGCACAGAUUCUGCUGAGGCUGGAAAAGGACCGCCAGAAAAAGUUCGGCUCCAUGGGAAAGUUGCAUCUGGCCACAUCAACCGGUGACUUGAGCCUAGCGCCCACCACAGCGACGAUGCAACGACAUUCGAGCAUAACCGGUGCAUCCGUGCCGACGUCAUCCGUUUCAACUCCAACUCCAACGCCUCCUCUUUCGCAGCUGGCUCCAACUGCAGCCGGAAAAGUCACCGGAAACGCGUGCAAAGUAGCGGCCAACGUACUGUCGUUUGACUGUCAGCAUGGAUCGUAUCCGAGGAAUGAUAAUUAUGCCGAGGACGAUUCGUACAGUGAAGACUUGAUACCACCUCCACCGCCUCCACUCAAUCGACGUCCUUCCUACGGUUACGGCUGUGUGGUGCAACCUGUUGCAUCCGGACCGGAACCACCACAAGCAGACCAGCAGUCAAUUUACGAACCAACGUCUAAGCCUUCCUCCAAUCCCGCCAACAUCGGAAGCUACGGACGUGAAGUCGACGGCCUGAUCGGAACCAUGAAUCAGCCGGAUCUGUUCAACUUUGCCUCCAACACAAACGGUUCGCUGAGUGGAACGCUAAAGUCAACACUGAAAUCCGCCAAAUCGUCGGCAAACGGCAAAACGACUUCCGGCUCAUUGGGCAUAACCGUCGACGGCAAAUCAAAACUGAACGACCCGCUUCCGGUCAUGAUGGUGGAUCUGAUGAACGGUAACACAACCGCACCGCUUCCGAAUGGGAAUGAUCCGGCCGGCACGACGAAGCCAUAUCCGCCUUACUACUUCGAUGAUAAUUAUCUUCAUCACCACUACUACUACCGGAAUGGUGAAGAUCGGUUCGGAGAGACUGGGUCGGACGUACCGCUGAAGGAAGCGAUGGAUGCAGGGCAGCUGUAUCUCUACCAUCAGCAUCACCACCACCAUCAUCCAGACUCGGUGCCUGGUGGAUACAUUCCUAACUACGAUGCACUGAAUCUCCCCGCCAAGUACAACACGAUCGGAGCAAACGGAGAUUUGACACUGUCAGGGCACUUUUCGGGGUUGGGCGGUGGAGCAGUCGGGCACCAUGCCAGCUCCUGUAACAUCAAUCAGUACUCUGGGUCGGCAAAAAGCAACCUCAUCGCUUCACACAACCAUCCCUUCUCCAACUCGAUCAGCAACUUCAACUUCAAUCCCUCGCAGUACUUCGGUUCGGGGCUGGAUCCUGCUCCCGGUACCACCAUCAUUCCUGGUGGAGUGAUGGGUGGCGUGAUGGGAGGUGGGGAUGGUUUUCCUUCCACCUGCAGCCUUAAUGGAACGCCCAAUAAGCAGCAACCACACCCUUGGAAACAUCGCCAAUGUCCGAGUCGUGGCUCGAGUAGCACCGGUUCUGGAUCAUCGAAAUGGGAUCUUCCUUCGAGACAGUGGCUUGCGGUGACCUCCAUAUUGUUGAUUGCCGGAGCAGCCGGAGUGGCCGUCCCGCUCGCCCUAAAGGUUUCGUCCGGUGCGCCCCUCGAGGAACGGCUGCAGGUGGCUACGCAGCUGCUCGACACAGUGCCUUUAAUCGAUGGUCACAACGAUCUACCGUGGAACAUACGGAAAUUCCUACACAAUCAGCUAAACGAUUUUCGGUUUGACGAUGAUCUCAAGACGAUACUGCCCUGGUCGAAGAGUGCCUGGAGUCAUACGGAUUUGCAGCGACUGAAACGUGGUCGAAUUUCUGCACAGUUUUGGGCCGCCUACGUACCCUGUGAGGCACAGCACAAGGAUGCGGUGCAGAUCACUUUGGAACAGAUAGAUGUAAUAAAAAGACUGACAGAACGAUACUCUCCACAUCUGACUUCCUGUGCAUCGGUGUUCGAUAUCGUACAAGCGCACAAAAACCGUCAAAUGUGUUCAUUAAUAGGUGUCGAGGGUGGCCACUCGCUCGGCGGCUCGCUCGGCGUUCUGCGCAUCUACUAUGCCCUCGGGGUACGGUACAUGACGCUCACCUCCACCUGCCACACACCGUGGGCCGACUCGAGCAAUGCGGAUGCACCGAAGUAUGACAUCCGACAUGGUGGACUUACGGCUUACGGCAAGACGAUCGUACGCGAAAUGAACCGGCUCGGCAUGAUAGUGGACCUAUCAAAGUCGUCCGUCGGUACGAUGAAGGAUGUACUGGCGACCUCGCAGGCACCGGUCAUCUUUUCCCACUCGUCGGCCCACGCACUGUGCAACUCGAGCCGCAACGUGCAGGACGAGGUGCUCGAGCUGGUGACGAAAAAUCGCGGCCUCGUGAUGGUCAACUUUUACAACAAGUUCCUGCGGUGCAGCGAUAACGCAUCGGUACAGGACGCCGUAGCUCACAUAAAUCACAUUCGAAGAAUUGCUGGACUCGACCACGUCGGAUUGGGUGCGGGUUACGAUGGAAUUAAUUUCACACCCCACGACCUCGAGGACGUGUCAAGCUAUCCGCGCCUGUUUGCCGAACUGCUGGGCGAUGGGUGGACGGUGGACGAGCUGGAAAAGUUGGCCGGCCGGAACUUGCUGCGGGUAUUCGAGGAGGUGGAAAAGGUGCGCGAAAAUCAGCGCCUUUCGGGGGUGAGACCGUACGAAGAGAUUCCGCCCGUAUUGCGGCCCGACGAGCACGCAAACUGUUCGACCAACAGUUAAUGGGUCGCUCCCCAUCAACCGGAACCGA